AUGAAUUGUGUGGUCAAACUUACUCAACAGAUGCGAACAGAAGACUCACGAUAUCUUCAAUUACUUGAACGACUUCGUCAAGGUCAAUGUAGUUAUGAAGAUUAUGAAUUAUUAUUGACGCGCGUUGUGGGACAGCCAACCGUAUCUCUUCGUGAGCCACCAUGGAAUCAAAAAAGUGAUCCUGAUCUUUUCCCGUAUUUUAGCGUUCGGAAAGCAUUAUCAGUAGCACAUGGUUGCAUACUGAAAGAUGUACAAGUGGUCAUACCCAAGUCCUUGCGCUUUCGUGUUUUACAAAUGCUGCAUCGGGGACAUUUAGGGGUAGUGAAAAUGAAACAACUGGCCCGUGUCCAUUGCUGGUGGCCAAAAAUGGAACUGGAUAUUGAAAACAUGACCAAGUCAUGCAAGAUAUGUGCUAUGGUAGCUGCAAAACCAAAAGAAGAUUUCAAGCCAUGGCCAGAACCUGAACUUGUGUGGUCUCGCGUACACAUGGAUUUUCUUGGACCAUUAUGGAAUUCAAAAUGGCUAGUUAUGGUCGACGCAAAAUCCAAAUUCCCAUUCGUGGCAGACAUGGGACAUGACACAAGCGCCAAGAAUCUAUGCAAUGUUCUUGAACAAGCCAUUGAUUGGUUGGGCCCACCGACAACAUUGGUAUCAGACAACGGACCACCGUUUACGAGCUUCGAAAUGAAAGAAUUUUACAAGCAAUACGGCAUCGAGCACAUCACAACAGCGCCUUAUCACCCACCAAGCAACGGCAUUGCCGAAAGAUUCGUUAGAUCUUUCAAGGAAGGAAUGAUCAUGCAACAAGAGUCAGGCCAAACAAAUAAGUCAGUUGCAUUGAGAAAUGUCUUGCGCAGCUAUCGUUGGACACCGCAUACUACUACUGGCACCGCUCCAGCAGAAGCACUCUUUCGAAGACCAAUUCGAACCGAACUGGCAAGAUUACAUCCAAGUUUGGCAAAACCACAAAAGAGAAAAUCAAGCAAAUAUAAAAUUGGACAAGAAAUUUGGGUAAGGAAUCAUCAACGCAAUAAACGUAUCGAUUGGAUUCCUGGAGUUAUUACACACCAAGUAGGUUCAAUGAUGUAUCGGAUCGAAUUAGGAAAUGGACAAACAUGCGUACGCCACCAAAACCAACUUCGAUUUCGUCGAGAACCGGACAUUCAAGAUGAUCUGGAAGAUUUAACAGAGAAUUUGUUGAACCGAAAUAAACCAACAGUAACACCUGUGGUACAACACACACCGCAGCAGACACCACAGCACACACCACAACAAUCACCUCGAUAUCCACAGCGACAACGGCGACCACCUGACCGGUAUUCACCAUAG